AUGCAGUCGGCUCGCAAAGAUCUCAUAAUCGACCAUCUCAUAUGGCGCCUGGUGUCAUCCGCCAUACAGCUCAUUCCGUUUGUGUGGACAGUUGGCAUAAUUGGUGCAUGUGUCGUGACAGCAAUCCGGCUCUCCGAACACAGUCCCGCCCUAGCAGUGUUGUCCAUUCCGUUCGCCACCGCAAUUGCAGGCCUGGUCCCGGGUUACCUCAAUGGCCGUUUCGCUGAUUCUCUCUGCAGAGACCUUACCGAGCAGAUGCGCUGUGUCAUGCAGCGUCGAGCUGAACAUUUGCAUGCCCGUCAAAUGCGCCCGACGCCUAUGGAACCCAUUCACGAAGCAUUGGAGGCCACACCCAACAAAGCAAAGCCUUGCGACUCAAAGGAGUUUGUGAGCAAGAAACAUGCUUUCAGUGAUGCGAGAAGCACAUCAUAUGUUCCAGGAGGGUCAAAGUGUCGCUGUUACCACUGCACCAACAAAUCCAGUCCGACCAAAUGCUUCUACCUGAACAAUAGCCAGCCCAGAAAGUCGAACGAUAGCGAACCCAGAAAGCGGAACGAUAACAAACCCAGAAAGCGGAACGAUAGCGAACCCAGAAAGCAGAUAAUAACCGUCGGCUGUUUCAACGAUGGGAGAUAUCCCAAUAUGUCUAAUGACAGAUUCUUGUCGUUCAUUGAGCUCAAUAACCUCCCACCGCCCCCGAAAAAGUCUAGCAACGGCCGUCGCCAAACUGGAUACUCUCAGCCCAUAGCUGCUCAUGCCGACCUCCAACCCCGUGUUCCCCAAUCAGUCCAGCCAGUCCAAUCCCGCACCACACCCAUUCGCCUUUCGAGCUCUCCCCGACAGAUGGUCAUGCGCCCAACUGAGAUUUCUAUAAAGGCCAGGAAGAUGGAGGCAAAGAUUCGGGCUGCGGAGUUGGCGCUAUGCAGGAAUGACACCCCGAUGGACGUUGAUGUCGACAUUUUGACUUGGGAGUACUGA